AUGUACAGCAGGGCCCACAGUUAUCUCAUUGUAUCCGGACAAAAAACGCCUGUUUGUUACGAUGCGCGGAUGAUAAUGUCAACAAACAUUGUCGCGAGAUCUUCAUCGGAGUGCUUGAUCAAAUGUUUGGUUAUAACAAAGCAAAACUUGAGAGGCAUUAACUUCAUGUCUCCAGUGAGAUCUUGUUCCUGUGUUCCCAAGCUGAACAACAUCUGGUACAAUGUGACCGCUGAUCUGAAUGUUUCAUGUCUGGCCUUUGUUUCACAUUGCUCAAACUCGUUUGAUUACGUAAUCGAAAUGCACAAAUGUUACUCAAUGAUCAACAACUUAAUGGAUUGGUAUGCAGCCGGAAGAGCUUGUAACAACGCGUCUGGGCAUUUGCUGGCUGCUGAUGACCAGUAUGAAAAUUUAGCUGCACAGCUGUUUUGA